AAAAGGAUGUGAAGGAGCGGACGGUUGUGGUUGUUAUGUUUGUGCUCCCCCGAGUCACUUGUCCACUGCUCUCGGUCGUGAAGUAGGUGGCCGCCGGGAUGUGUUGUCGCUGUGAAGCUGAGCAGUAAGCUGGCUCAGGUUGUGGCUCCUGUUCGCAGCGUGUCUUUACUGGAAGCGGUGGGGAGGAUGAGCCGCUUGUGCUCCCCGAACCGGCCCUGUACUCUGCUCCUGGUGGCUUUCCUCCAGUUGGCUUUCGUGCUGUUCCUGUACCGCCGCAGCCUGUCCGGCUCCUUCACCAGCUCCCUGUAUGAAGAAGACCGCGUCGGUGACUGGGAUUAUUCUAAAACUCACGAUGUUUACACCAACCUCAGUCUGGUCACCCCGAGCCCAGACCGACAAACUUUAAGCAGCUGUCCGGACGAGUCGCCGCUGCUCGUUGGACCGCUGACUAUCAGCUUUCAGAAAAUUCCAAUUAUGAGCAAAAUUGCAAGGAAAAAUCCAUAUGUUCAAGCUGGUGGACGAUACACUCCCCCACACUGCAAAGCUCAAUAUAAAACAGCAAUCCUUGUUCCUCAUCGAAAUAGGGAGCCACAUUUGCGCCAUCUUCUGUAUUACCUUCAUCCAUUUUUGCAGCGCCAACAGCUUCAGUAUGCAAUAUAUGUCAUCCAUCAGACUGGAAACCGUACCUUUAAUAGGGCAAAGCUACUUAAUGUUGGCGUGAGGGAAGCAUUAAAGGAUGAAGACUGGGACUGCCUAUUUCUACAUGAUGUUGACCUUAUUCCAGAGAACGAUUACAAUCUGUACAUCUGCAAUGAGAAAUACCCCAAGCAUGUAUCCAGCGCAAUGAAUAAAUUCAAGUACAGGCUACCGUAUAAGAUGUAUUUUGGUGGUGUUUCAGCCUUGACUCCUGAUCAGUACUUGAGGAUUAAUGGCUUCCCAAAUACAUACUGGGGUUGGGGUGGAGAAGAUGAUGACAUUUCUGCUAGAAUUUAUUUAGCAGGAAUGAAGAUAAUUCGAACUCCCCUCUCACUUGGACAUUACAAAAUGAUCUCUCACAGUAUGGAUGUGGGUAAUGAAAAAAAUGAAAAAAGAUUUGACAUGGUAGUAAAGGUAUCCCGGUCAUGGCGAUCUGAUGGGAUGAAUUCUAUAGACUACAAUUUGCUUCAAAAGGAGGAGCUUCCUUUGUACACCAACAUCACUGUGGACUUUGGGAACAGUCCAAACGUACAGGCCAAAGCUAAUUAACAAAUGUCUGUCCCUUAAAAGCCAAUAAUAUGGUUAAAGAUGUUGUCUUAACGGGCACUAUUGCAAAUACAGGUUCAAGAAAAUCCAAAGGAAACUACAAUCUAAGAACUCCAUCAGAAAUGCAAAGAGAUGACCUACCUACUGCCAUCUAUUACUCUUGAACAAAUUGUCUCUGAAGUAAGAUUUUCAGAAUUUUCACACUUCUGUAUUCUUGAGUGACUAGGACAAUGUGGGUGGAAAGAUUACUGUUUCUUUCCAUUUGUUGCUUAGACAUUACUGGUUACAAAAUACUAUGAAAUUUAAGAACCUAGAUCAUGGUAUGUGGAAUAAGGCCUUUUAAAUGGGUUAUUUUUAUACUCUUAAACCCUUGGCAACAUGCAUGGUUGACUUGAUAAUUGGUGCCUGUGUUGCAUCUAGUGAAAAUUUAGAGAACCAAAGGCAGUUAAUAAAUUUACACUUCAAGAAUAUUCUGUACAGCUCCAUACAGUUCUGUUUAAGCUCUAAUUGCCUAUAUUAAAAAAUUGCAUCAGGUCUACCUUUCGGCUUGUGAUUCUGCUACAAUCUAAUGAAAUAAACUAUUUAUUGUUGCAAUUUACUCAUACAGCUAAAAUUGAUUAUACUUGUUCAAUAUACUAAAUAUGCUCAAACCUGCACAUUUACCAGCAUAGUCUUGUUUGCGCUAUGGAGGCAUUGCCGCCAAUUAGUUAAUUUACUACCACCUUGUUCUAUGGAUGUUUCGUUCUACAAUUACUGUUUUUUUAAAAGGCAAGGGGCUGCUUUGGUAGCUGUGACACAUUUUGCUUGCAUUUAUGUCACCCAUCAAUUUAAAUCUGAAUGCUGUGUCUAUGCAAGUAUAUUAAGCAUGUAAUUUGUGGUUUCUACUGUUCACUUUUUCAGUGAGCUAUUAAAUAGAACUUUGUGCUGAAUACAAUUUUUAUAGUGCUAGAAUAAUCCUAGUCACCAUUUUUAUUUUGUGUUGAGUUCUUUUGGGGUUAAUAUUUGUAGUCUUGGAGGUCAACCUUCUUGCUUACCAAAGACCCUCUCCUUCCCACCCCCAAAAUUUUUCCCCAAUUUCAAUUGUCUCAUUUUUUAUUGUUUUUUUAAAAAUGGUUUGAUGCGUUAUGCCAAUGUUCUUACAGUAUCCUGAUCUUGUCAUGCAACAACUGACUGUGCUACCUGCCUGGCCUUCAAGGGUGUACCAAUAUUAUUCAAUAACAACAGCCCUGCUGAUCUUCCCCUUGAUCUCUUUCCUUGUGCAAAACCUGACUUAUGCUAGCAAAAUGGCUGAGAUCAAGAACUCUGGAAUGAGCUGAUCACAUGUCCCAACACACUCCAUGUGCUAUCAUGCACAGACUAAAUGUGACACCUGAUUUAAAAUCACAUAGUUUGAGUUUCAUUAAGUACUCAUUUUCCUGCACAGAAUUGAUUUUAAUGCAAUAGUAUGACCAUUUCUGUUGUGCUAAACUUCUUAACGCUUUCAGUUUAUAUGUGAAAGCUGAAAAUAGCUAAAAUGAUUGACCACUUGAUAUUACAAACAUGUCUCACCCACAAUUGAUCUCAAGACCUGUAUUGUAACUAUUGUGCUUUUGAGACAAAUUAAAGAAUGAUACAGCACAAAGGGACCUUUCAGCCCACUGUGCCUGUUCUCACUAUUUGGAAGAACUAUUGAUCAGUCCUAUUGCACUGAUUUUUCCCCAAAACGCUGCAAUUUUUAAAAAUUUUUCAGUAUGAGGUUCAAUUCAUUAUUGAACCUGAUGUAUGCAUUCCUUAUCAUAACUUGCUGAGUAAAAUAAUUCUCAUCUAUGUUUUUUUGCCAUCUGUCUUAAAUCUGUGUCAUCUGAUUGCUGACUCCUGUCACUGGAAACAGUUUCUCCUCAUGCAAUCAAUGAAAAACCCCCAAUUUUGAACUUAAAUUUCUCCUUAACCUGCUGCUGGAAGGAAAAGAGUGCCAGCUUCUUUUGUGCCCCAUCAGAUAACUAAACUGGUACCAUCCUCCUUUCUACCCUUAAGGUCUGGAUACCCUUUAUAAACUGAGAUUGUGUGCCUUUUCUAUAAUACUUCAUGCAAGCAAAAAUUGCAUCUAUUUAUGUGGUAGUACAGAACUUGAGUAAUGCUGAGAAAAAAGAGACAUGCUGUCAAAGCUUUUCAUCUUGCAUUCAUCA